AUGAUCCUGCUCCUCCUCCUGGUCGCCCUGACCCUUGGUGCUGUGUCUGAGGUCCAGCUGCAGUGUGGAAACUGUCCCUUGUUCUGGUCCAGCUUCAACAACCGCUGCUACAAGUACGUAGCCACAAGGCGGAGCUGGGCCGAUGCAGAGCUCUACUGUGUGUCACAGGGAGCCAACCUGGUGUCUAUCCACAGUCUGGAUGAACAUCGUUUCAUCACAGCCCUGAUCAAGAACUUUGACCCUGCUGAAGGAAUGACCUGGAUCGGACUCAGCGACCUCCACAAAGAAGGCCGCUGGAUGUGGUCUGAUGGUUGUCCGGCUAGGUUUCUCCUUUGGGCCCCAGGACAGGCAGACAACUAUAAAGGAAUUGAACACUGUGUUGAAAAGAACAGUCGUAAGAAAUGGAAUGAUCUACGUUGUGAUACCAGUCUUGCCUCUGUGUGUGCAUCUCGCAUCAUGUGUCCUCAGUGA